AUGAGUUUUUCUAAGUUUAAUUUUGCCUCAUCCACUUCAAGUUCUUCAUCUUCUGAUGAACAGAAUGAACUAAUAAAUAAUAUGGUUGAUGAUGCCUUUCAAUACGCUAUUCCUCCUAUUGUUUCAACACUACAACCAAGGGUGAGAACCAAAAAAAAAUAUCGAAUUCAAAGAGACCAUUCAAAAUGUCAUUCCCAACUAUUUAAUGACUAUUUUGCUGAAAAUCCUACAAAUUCUUCUCGAUUGUUUCGACGUAAGUUUAGGAUGACGAAACAUGUAUUUUUACAGAUAAUGGAAGCUGUCUCCAACAACGAUCCAUGGUUCACUACCAACAUUGAUGCAACUGGUAGAAAAGGUCUAAGUGCUUUACAAAAGUGUACUGCAGCUCUUCGUAUGCUAGCAUACGUGGUGGCUGCUGAUCAGGUUGAUGAGUACCUCCGAAUUAGCGAAAGCACAGCACGAAAAGUACUCACUCAUUUCACAAAGGGAAUAAUCAACCAAUUUGGGCAACAUUAUUUGAGAAAACCAACACCACAAGAUUUGACGAGAUUAUUGGCCUUUAGUGAAGAACGAGGAUUCCCUGGCAUGAUUGGUAGUGUUGAUUGCAUGCAUUGGGAGUGGAAGAAUUGCCCAGCAGCAUGGAGAGGGCAAUAUCAAGGCCGAGCUGUUGAUUUGUUUGAAGGAUGGGCACCACCUGUCAAUUUCACGGUGAAUGGAAAUCAAUACGGCAUGGCUUACUAUCUCACUAAUGGCAUUUAUCCUAAAUGGGCUACUUUUAUUCAGUCUAUUACUGAUCCACAAACAGCAAAAGCAAGGUUAUUUGCCCAACAUCAAGAAGCAGCAAGAAAGGAUGUGGAGCAAGCAUUUGGGAUUUGGAAAGAUGAAAGAGAUACAUAUACACACUAUGUUGAUGGUAGAGAGUUCAUGGGAGAUCGCCCAAAAGGUCCAUCGGAAGGUACAAGUGGAUUAAAUGAUGACUUUGAGUAUUACACAGAUAGAAUUGCUGAUAUCAACCGUUACUUGGCAAAUAAGGAUGAUGUUGAAGAUCGACAAACACAUUUAUCUUUAAAAGCUGACUUGGUUGAAAAUAUCUGGUGUAUUUUGGUAAGUUUAUGCUUCCCCCUUUCCCCAUUAUCUCCUCCCUUCUCUGUUGCGUUCUGCUCCCUCUCCCUUUUUUCACGUCUUUUUUCUGAACCUGUUGCGACACUCCUAAAGGGGUUGGCCACACUGCCGGUUAACUGGUGCCUCGGUGGCGGUCACCCAGAGCUGGUGAACUGA